AUGGUGUCGUACGUGAGCGUGUUGCUGUAUGGGGUGGGUGGAAUAGUAGUGGCGGGGAUGGCUUUGCUGGUGGCAUUCCAGGAGAAGUUGGUGUACGUGCCGGUGUUGCCCGGUUUAACAAAGUCCUAUCCCAUCACCCCUGCUCGCCUCCGCCUCCUCUACGAGGAUGUGUGGCUCAGAUCCUCCGACGGCGUCCGCCUCCAUGCCUGGUUCAUCAAGAUAUUACCCGAAUGUCGAGGUCCUACCAUUCUCUUUUUCCAGGAAAAUGCAGGAAACAUUGCCCAUCGUCUUGAAAUGAUUCGUAUAAUGUUGCAGAGACUACAAUGCAAUGUUUUCAUGCUUUCAUACAGAGGUUAUGGAGAGAGUGAUGGAUUCCCCUCACAACAUGGUAUUACAAAGGAUGCUCAGGCUGCACUGGAUCAUUUGGUUCAGAGAACAGAUAUUGACCCGUCAAGAAUAGUUGUCUUUGGAAGGUCACUUGGGGGAGCUGUUGGAGCUGUGCUUACCAAAAACAAUCCUGACAAGGUGGCUGCAAUAAUACUGGAGAACACUUUUACUUCUAUUCUUGAUAUGGCAGGCGUUCUAUUACCCUUUCUUAAGUUGUUUAUUAGGAAAAGUGGCUCAAAGGGUCCCGGAGUUCUGAAUUUUCUGGUUCGUUCUCCAUGGAAUACCAUUGAUGUCGUUGGUGAGAUCAAACAACCAAUUCUUUUCCUCUCUGGACUGCAAGAUGAAAUGAAUGAUGGUGACUACUCGGCCGGUUCUGUCAGAUUUGGAGGCAAGUUCUUAUGGACACGCUCACUGGUGCACAGUUUUCACUAG